CCAACAUGGCGAUCACGGGAAACGGAUCUCUCACUAUUUCUCUCUCUGUUUUCGUGAUUUCAGCGGCGUUUCUUCUAAAAGGAGCCGCUGAGACCUUGUCAGUUGAAGGUCAAAACCUGGGGACUGAUAAUGUGUCAGUGAUCGAGGGGGAGAUGGCGACCAUCAGCUGCAGGGUGAAGAACAAUGAUGACUCAGUCAUCCAGCUCCUUAACCCCAACAGACAGACCAUCUACUUCAGAGACGUCAGACCCCUGAAGGACAGCCGGUUCCAGCUGGUGAAUUUCUCCGACAAUGAACUGCGGGUGUCUCUGUCCAACGUGUCUCUCUCAGAUGAGGGACGCUAUGUGUGCCAGCUCUACACAGACCCUCCUCAGGAGGCCUACGCAGACAUCACUGUGCUGGUCCCACCAGGCAGUCCAAUCAUGGAUUCCCGAGAGGAUGUGGUCAGUGAGGGGAACGAGACAGAGCUCACCUGUACAGCCAUGGGCAGCAAGCCUGCCGCCUCCAUCAGAUGGAUGAAAGGAGAGCAGGAGCUGACAGGCGAGAUGACGGUGGAUGAGACCUAUGACAAGAUGUUCACGGUCACCAGUCGGCUGAGACUCACUGUGUCCAAGGAGGACGACGGAGAGCCAGUCAGCUGCAUCAUCGACCACCCAGCCGUGAAGGACCUCCGGGCACAGAGAUACCUGGAAGUGCUAUAUCAACCAGAAGUGAAGAUCGUUCAGGCAUUCCCUGAAGGUUUAACGAGAGAGGGAGAGAAUCUAGAGCUGACGUGCAUAGCAAAAGGCAAACCACAGCCCCAUCAGAUCAGCUGGCUCAGAGUGGAUGAUGAUGUGCCAUCUCACACCGUGAUCACCGGCUCUGACCUCUUCAUCGAAAACCUCAACAAGUCGUACAACGGCACGUACCGCUGUGUUGCCUCCAACACCGUGGGAGAUGCCUACGAUGACUAUAUCCUCUUUGUAUACGAUGCUCCUACCACGAUCCCCACACCCACCACCUUGAACCUAGACAACACCCAAGACUCCAGAGCUGAUGAGGGGGCGCCACAGAAGAUAGACCACGCUGUCAUCGGAGGUGUGGUUGCCGUGGUGAUGUUCGCUAUCCUCUGUGCACUCAUCGUCCUGGGGCGCUACUUCGCCAGACACAAAGGCACCUACUUCACACAUGAAGCCAAAGGGGCAGACGACGCAGCAGAUGCAGACACGGCCAUCAUUAAUGCAGAGGGGGGACACAACAACACGGAAGAGAAGAAGGAGUACUACAUCUAAUGAUGAGAG